AUUAAAAUUAUCCAGAAAAAUCUGAUAAUUUCCAGAAACUCCUGCCAAUUAGGGAAGAACUUCGAGCCAGAAGAGCAAGAAAAAUCGCUCAUUUUUAGAGAAAGAAAGAGAGGUAACUAGCUUAGCAAACCUACAAAAAUGGCGAUUGCUACUGGUUCAUCUUCAUUGUUGAAGGCUCUUCUUAAUCCUAAGAAGAAUGUUUUGGCUGCUAUGCACAAGAGUUCCGUCGACCACCGUCUUCGCAAAUAUGGUUUGAGAUUUGAUGAUUGUUAUGAUCCAUUGGAAGAUCAUGACAUCAAAGAAGCCCUAGAUCGGCUUCCUCGUGAGAUUGUUGACGCUCGUAAUCAGCGUCUUUUGCGUGCUAUAGACCUUUCUAUGAAGCACGAGUACCUUCCUGAAGAUCUUCAGGCAAUGCAAACACCCUUCAGGAGCUACCUCCAAGAUAUGUUGGCCCUUGUGAAGCGUGAGAGAGAAGAACGUGAAGCUUUGGGAGCUUUGCCUCUGUACCAGCGAUCACUUCCAUAAGCAUGUCACUGCCUGUUGCAGCUGUGGCUGACUUUUGAACUGUAUUUCAUAUGGGGUUUUUGAGGUUAAUAUGUGUUUUUUUUUUAAAAAAAAAAAAGGGCAUUCAGUGUUUCAGUGUGAGACUUUUGCCUGUUUCUCUCCUUGUGAACAAUUCAUCUUGCUUUAAAAUUUGCUCAUUUAGAAGGCAUUAUUUUGGAUUAAAUGAUACUUCAAAUGCUAAAUAAUAUACGGAGUACUCAAAUUAUGCUUCAAAACUCAGUUCAGUCUA